AGAAUCAUGCCGCUUACACCUAUUAAAAUCUUUAUUCUGAUGUGUGGAUUUUGUUCCCAAUUGCACGCUAUCGCAUAUCCACCAGUUCAAACAGUUCAGACCCAAAAUGAAGUUUCUCACAGUUCUAAUACUCCAUCUCUCAAAGUCGUGCGUGGAUCUGAUGUAUCUUUGCGAUGUGACUUCCCUCUCCUGAAUGAAUCCUCCACAUUGCACUGGGAGAAAGAUGGAGAACAAAUAUCCAACGCCACACUAAUGUACAACAACUCUGCCUACAUCAUCUUACACACUGUUGAUGAACGCAGUGAAGAGACAUAUUACUGUAAAUUGAUGGAAGAUGGAAGAGUAGAAACUGUUAGGAUUCACACACUUAAUGUCACUUCACAUUCACACAAUGGAAAAAAUAAAAAUCGUCUCAUUUAUAGACAAAGCUCCAGUAAUAGUGAUGUAUUACUCAUCUGCAAAUCUAGCAGGAAAUAUGACAGCUUGAAGUGGACCUGGGAGCCGAGGCCUAAUUCACAGAUUGACCUGAUAGCCUUUGAAAAAGAAAGACAAGUUCAGUUAAAAGGACCAAUUAAACCAGGGAGAUGCUCUUCAGCCACAUACAACAGUCAAGCUUUAAUCUUUCACAUCUCACCUGUGAACUUCAACUACAGAGGGACGUAUAGGUGUAUUACAGAUACUGGCAUCUACACAACAAUAAUACUACACACCAUCAGAGUCUCAGUGGAGCCCCCUGAUGGUGUGUUGAGGAAUCAGUCAGUGGUUCUUACCUGUGAGCUUUCAGAAGUAACUGGUUCAGUGAUUCUGGUCUGGCUCAGGAUGGAGGGGAACAGAGGAGUUCUGGUCAAACAGCAAAUUAUGACUGAGAAAAACAAAAAGUUACAACUCACAGUGAAUCUAUCCAGCUAUGAAACAGACCCGAUGAACUGGCAGUGUGCAGUUUUUACUGAGAAUACACUCAGAGCUCUGGCCCCAGAAACUCAACUAAAUAUUUUUCUGCGUGGAUCUGAUGUAUCUUUGCGAUGUGACUUCCCUCUCCUGAAUGAAUCCUCCACAUUGCACUGGGAGAAAGACGGAGAACAAAUAUCCAACGCCACACUAAUGUACAACAACUCUGCCUACAUCAUCUUACACACUGUUGAUGAACGCAGUGAAGAGACAUAUUACUGUAAAUUGAUGGAAGAUGGAAGAGUAGAAACUGUUAGGAUUCACACACAUCGAAAGAAUAAAAAUCAUACCAUUUAUAGACAAAGCUCCAGUAAUAGUGAUGUAUUACUCAUCUGCAAAUCUAGCAGGAAAUAUGACAGCUUGAAGUGGACCUGGGAGCCGAGGCCUAAUUCACAGAUUGACCUGAUAGCCUUUGAAAAAGAAAGACAAGUUCAGUUAAAAGGACCAAUUAAACCAGGGAGAUGCUCUUCAGCCACAUACAACAGUCAAGCUUUAAUCUUUCACAUCUCACCUGUGAACUUCAACUACAGAGGGACGUAUAGGUGUAUUACAGAUACUGGCAUCUACACAACAAUAAUACUACACACCAUCAGAGUCUCAGUGGAGCCCCCUGAUGGUGUGUUGAGGAAUCAGUCAGUGGUUCUUACCUGUGAGCUUUCUGAAGUAACUGGUUCAGUGAUGCUGGUCUGGCUCAGGAUGGAGGGGAACAGAGGAGUUUUGGUCAAACAGCAAAUUAUGACUGAGAAAAACAAAAAGUUACAACUCACAGUGAAUCUAUCCAGCUAUGAAACAGACCCGAUGAACUGGCAGUGUGCAGUUUUUACUGAGAAUACACUCAGAGCUCUGGCCCCAAUAACUAUCAGUCUUACCUCAACAACUACAAAUGCUCCAAGUAUGUCAACAGAAACUUCAACUGUAACAAACCAAGCAAUCAACAAACACGCAAAGGCUACAGCAUCCUGUGUUUUGGCUCUGUUUACAGGGAUUCUGCUUGGAGCUCUCUUGUGUUACUGUUACAGGAAACGAAUGUCAGUGCACUCUGACCCUCAGGAGUCUGAACCAGUCUACAUCAAUAUUAGCCAAAUGAGGAAUGACAGAGUAGACCGCAGCAGCACACUGGAAAACAGAGAAAACAGUCCUGAAAUAUACCGUAAUAUAAGACGAAACAGAUAUGGAAAAACAAACAUAAAUAAAAGAGAUGAGACAACAGUUACAUCAGACAGUGUAACCUACGCAACCAUUUAUUUCAACAAAUCCAGGUUCCAGACUUAGACAUAACUCCCCAACAUUAUUAUGAAAACCCGAGGAAGAGAGAGUUUUGUCAUUUGUUUAUAGUGUUUUAUUUAAGCUUUGUGAACGUCAAACAAACUAUUGUAUCAUGGAUAAAGUUGAACAAUUUCUUUACAAAACAGCAGAUGGCGCGGUCUGACUACAUAAGCUAUCAGCUGAGUCGGUUUAUGGGUGUUGUAUGACCAAAUACAUCUAACUGCCUUCAGUAAACCACCACGAAUAUUAAUCUAACUGGCUCAAACUGUAUAAUUGCAUCCCUCAAUUAAUGUUGUGUUAGUCACAUGUGUACAAGCGUCAACUAAAGUGAAUAUCAUUAUGAUUUUACAUUUGUUAUGGUAUUAUAGCCGCCUUCAUGUAAGUGCAAGUAUGCUGAUGAAAUGGCCAUUUGAUGGCACUGUUUGAAAACAUACUUGAAAUAUAAUAAUAAUAAAAAAGUGUAAGUACAAAAAAGGGUAAUGCGGUUACACAUCCUCUUCUCUCUCGCUCUCUCUGUCUGUCACUUUCAUCCUCCUGGAAUCCACCCAGAACAUGCA